CAGCGCCACUCGGCGGCGUUUCGCAUCGCGGUGGUUUUGGUAGCGGCGGGCGGGGAAGAGUUGGGCAACGGCUGACCCUAAUAUCCAGCAAAAAAAGGGAGAAAACUUGGAUGAAACUCGGGGUUAGGGGUUGCCCGAGCUAGCCUCCUAUACCUGUACACCGCCGCGGCCGCUCAUUCCGUCUCAGUCCGUGCUGGACAGCUCGUCUAAUGUCGGAUUUCAAGCUCGGGAUUGUUCGCCUGGGCCGUGUGGCCGGGAAGACAAAAUACACCCUCAUCGAUGAGCAGGAUAUACCACUGGUGGAGAACUAUGCCUUUGAGGCACGCAUGGAGGUUGACGCUGAUGGCAACGGAGCGAAGAUCUUUGCAUACGCCUUCGAUAUAAGCAAAGGGCGGUGGGCCGGUCGGCCUCUGCACGAGUUACUCUGGGAAAAGCACAGAGGCGGCAUUGCUCCUAGCUUCCAAGUUGUCCACAUAAACUCGGUCACGGUGGACAACCGUCUAGACAAUUUGCGCCUUGUUCCUGUUGGCUGGACUCCCAAACCGGAGGAGCUGUCUAGCAAACAAAGGGAGCAGUCACUAUACUGGCUGGCCAUCCAGCAGGUUCCAGCCGAUCCGGUGGAGGAGCAGUACUUGGAGCUGGGACGCACACGUUACUACAACGCUAACGGAGAGCUGGUGGAGGAGGAGGAGUGUUCCUGCACUUACUACGAGUGUCACUAUCCCCCGUGCUCACUCAUCGAGAGGAGGCUGCGAGAGUUCAAUAUCUGUGGCCGCUGUCAGGUGGCACGCUACUGUGGCUCACAGUGUCAGCAGAGGGAUUGGCCGGCCCAUAAGAAGCAGUGCCGCGAACGCAAGCGGGUCCUGGCCUUGGAGUCCGAGCCUGAACGGUGAUCCCCUGAACCCCCAUUGCUCAAAAAUGGGGUCAGAGGGGGGACUGUGGGACGGGACUUGCAAAGAAUUGCAAAAACGACAGCGUUAAAAUAUUUAAAAAAAAAAAAAGAU